UACAGUUUGAUCGUGGAACGGAUGGGAGAGAGGGAGAGAGAACUGAAGGGAUAGCCCGUCCUCGGGGCGGUAGAGCCAAAGUCCAUUGCUUGGAAAUGGCCGGUGAGGUUUGCUGGUGCCGAGGCUGGAAAGCCCCUACUCUCAUUCUUUGGUUUUGCGCCAUUCUUAGCCGGGCUCAACAGGCCAACUUUAACGCAGAGUCCUGGCUCCAGUCAUACGGAUACCUACCUCAUGGUGAUUUACGAAUGUCCACGAUGAGAUCAGCACAGACACUGUCCAACGCCAUCAGUAAAAUGCAGAGGUUCUAUGGAAUUGAAGUAACUGGAGAACUUGAUGAAAACACAAAAAAGUGGAUGAAGAAACCCCGCUGUGGUGUUCCUGACAACUUUGGCACAGAAAUCAAGACAAAUUUACGUCGUAAGCGAUAUAUCCUCACUGGACAAAAGUGGAAUUCGAAACGUAUCACAUACAGCAUCCAAAACUAUACACCCAAACUGGGAGAAUAUAGGACACGCCAGGCUAUCCGCCAGGCUUUUGGUGUCUGGCAGAAAGCUACGCCAAUAAUAUUUGAGGAGAUUACUUAUUAUGAUAUUCGAUAUGGUCGCAGGAAGCAUGCAGACAUCGUGGUCUUCUUUGCCUCGGGUUUCCAUGGUGACAGUUCCCCAUUUGAUGGGGAGGGUGGUUUCCUGGCUCAUGCCUAUUUCCCUGGUAGUGGAUUGGGCGGUGAUACUCAUUUUGAUUCAGAUGAGCCAUGGACCCUGGCAAGUACUGAUCUUCAAGGGAAUGACCUGUUCCUUGUAGCAGUCCAUGAGCUAGGACAUGCUCUGGGCCUCGAACAUUCCAGCAAUCCUAAUGCCAUAAUGGCUCCGUUUUACCAGUGGAUGGAUACAGAGAAUUUUGAGCUUCCAGAAGAUGAUUUAAAAGGAAUCCAGCAGAUAUAUGGUCUACCAGAUAGCAUACCCAAACCCACAAAUUCACUGCCAACUAUGACACCACGGAGACCAAAAAACCCUGAGCGUGUGCCUCCCAAAACUCCUGACCGAAAACCAGCACCCCGAGAUCCUGAUCUAGACAAUCCUGACACGACAGAUGGAACCACCCAACAUCGUCCAAAUAUAUGUGAUGGCAACUUUGAUAGCAUGGCAAUGUUGCGGGGAGAAAUGUUUGUGUUUAAGGGACUCUGGUUUUGGAGAGUUCGAAAUAAUCGAGUAUUGGACAACUACCCAAUGCCUAUUGGCCAUUUCUGGAGAGGAUUGCCAUCCAAUAUUGAUGCAGCAUAUGAACGGCAUGAUGGAAAAUUUGUGUUUUUUAAAGGUGACAAAUUCUGGCUGUUCCAUGAAGCAAUGUUGGAGCCAGGUUACCCCCGUCAUCUAGUGGCCCUUGGUGCUGGAAUGCCUCCUGAUGGAAUUGAUGCAGCCAUUUGGUGGGAAAUUACUGGUCAGACUUAUUUCUUCAAAGGCGACAGCUACUGGCGAUUCAGUGAGGAAAAGAGAGCAGUAGAUAGUGGUUAUCCAAAGCCAAUAAGUGUUUGGAAAGGAAUUCCAUCAUCACCAAAAGGCGCUUUCCUAACAGACGAUGGAGCAUACACACAUUUUUACAAAGGUACCAAAUACUGGAAAUUUAACAACCAACUGUUGAGAACAGAGCCUGGUUAUCCAAAAUCCAUCCUCCGUGACUGGAUGGGGUGCCGCCCAGAUGUUGAACCUGAUUUUACUGAGAAGGAGCCUAAUUUGGAUAAUGACAAUGUUGAUGAUGAUAAUGAUACAGCUAAUGACGAUGAUGCUGACAAUGAUGAUGGGACAAAGGAAGAGAAAGACAAAGAGAGUGAAGAAGAGGUGGACAUUCAUAUUAAUAUCCCUGUGGAUGACUAUACCAGAGUCAUGAAUAUAGUGAUUGUCAUUGUUCCACUAAUUCUGCUGCUGUGCAUUCUCGGAUUGAUCUAUGCCAUACUCCAACUGCAGAAGAAAGGAACUCCAAGACUCCUGCUGUACUGUAAACGUUCUAUGCAGGACUGGGUUUGACAUUAAUACGGUGCUUUUGCUAGGUGGCUCAUCACUUUGGGCCACAGACAUUGAGUACAGGUGACGCUGCUUCUCAAUUUUAUUUGUUUUGCUUUUAACGAUCCUGCUCAAUUAUGUUAACUGAAGCAUUGGUUGUAAAAAAACAUAAGGAAUUUGGGGUAUUUUGAUAUGGUCCUAGUGAAAUCUGGCUGAAAGAAUUUGUGAUGCGGUUUCUAGGUUUCAUACCUCUUUGACACCCUCCCCUUAACUAGGCUAAGUGGAGUGGUACAAGGUGAGGCCUGACCUGAGGAAUGACUCCAUUUAAUGCUUCUCAAAGAGUUUUAUUAGCUAUAAAUGAAGAACGACAUCACACAAAACACUUGAAAUUAUUGAUAUUGUUUGAGCACAUUAUUCAUUGUGGUUAAUUCAUAAAUAGUUUCUAUCCGCUACACAUACUUUAACAUACUAAAACGUUUCCACUCCUGAGCUGAAGAUUUGAUUAGGAUUAGCAUGUAAUGAGGGCAGUACAACUGGUGACAGUUUACAGUAAUUCAUGGAAGAAUUGGAGCAGCCACAAAAGGCAAUGUUGUUUCUCUAUGCCUUAGAAUUAUUGCAUUUAGACCAAGUACUCCAAAGAACUUCCUCAGAAUCGCUAUACAAUUGGGAAAAGAUGCUAUCCACAGUAUCACUGAGAGAUAAUUGCCAUAACUUUCUACAAAUUGCGAUUAGACCUAUUGAAAGGAAAUCAUUCCACUUCACCAGAUUUUAGUGGAGGACCAACUAAAUGUAUUUGUUGACUGUUGAAUUCUUGCUCAAAGCUUUGUAUUUGUGCCUUUCCUGUAGAUUAGGUUAUUACUCCUGUAAAGAAUCACCAUUGUUUAACAGGAGUCCUGACUUAACUACUCAGACUGAUAGCUGAGAUUCUUCGGCUAUUGCCCUAUUCUGCACUGCAAGGGGGGAGAUCCCAUUAGUUGUAGAUAUGUCUCUAGCCUUUUGGCUGCAGGGAUCUUUCAUUAAACUAGAACAAGGGUUCUAAUUGUUAAGAGGCAAUUGGUGAAAAAGGGAUUCAUUGCCCUUGUGGAUAGUUUGGUCCUCAGAAGAAUAUAGUAUGUAUAAAUAAUAAAGAUGUCAGUACUGUGAUUCCGUAAACUUAAAAGGCCUGUUUCCAUAUUGGAUGCAGAACUGUGCUGGACUGGUGAUAAUCGUCUACUAGAGUGAAUUUUAAUAGGGGCAUUCUGCAAUCUGAAAGGGUUUUAACCUUGUAUGGGCAUUGGGCAUU